GCACUCAGUCACACCGCGUUCAAAUUUCAAAUCCAGGAGCCAUAGGAUUCGACCGUUGGGAGCCCUCACUACGAUUUUCCCAAGAGUUCACGAGACGAAGCCCUUCAGUUCGAUGAAUCCAAUUUAAGCUACGCAUUAGCAAUCGUCUCCGUGAAAUUCCGAUCAUCAGAGGAUUUAGCAGUCAUCCCAGCUUCCCCGAUCGUCUCAAUUCAACAUCGUAGUACGUUAGUUGAAUUGGAUCGGAAGCCGUAGCAUAGUAGCAGUGAGUAUAUUACCUGGAUCGAUCUGACUGCGCAAUCCAAACUUCGUUCAAUUCCCGAAUCAUGAGACGCCAUGGCUGGCAGCGCCCUCUCCACCCUCUCCAGAUAGUGGGAAUGGCAGUGUACAGUUUUCUUGUUGUGGCCUUCUACACCUUCCAGGGGCUUUUCCUGGGAAACAGGAUUGCUGAAAUAACAGUCACCACACUAUAUUCCUUCGUGGCAGUCUCGGCCAUGCUCCUUUUUAUAAGGUGCACAGCCAUUGAGCCAACUGAUAAAACCAGUUUUAGAAAGAAGAGGAAAACAAAAUCUAGUGGACUUUGUAAGCUGAAUCAUGGUUUUAUAUUGGGUCAGAUUGUUAUGAGAUUUUUUAGAAGGAUGGAGAGGAAGAUCCUUAGGAAUUUUAUACGGAGGAAGUACCUGGAUCUAUGGACAACCACCAAUCAAAUGGAGCCAUUGCUUCCAUUUCCCCUUGUCAUGAAGGAUGAUGCUGUUACACCUGACCCAAAGGAGGAUGACAUCUCGUUCUGUUUCCUAUGUGAUUUUGAGGUAAAAAAGCACAGCAAGCAUUGUAGGACCUGCAACCGGUGUGUUGAAGGGUUUGAUCACCAUUGCAGAUGGUUGAACAACUGUGUUGGGAAAAAGAAUUACACGACAUUCAUUCUUCUCAUGAUUUUCAUCUUGUUAAUGCUUAUUAUAGAGGGAGGAACUGCCACUGCCAUAUUCAUCAGGUGCUUCGCAGAUAAGAAAGGGAUCGAGAAGGAGUUGGAGAGGAAGCUGUAUGUAGAGUUUCCGAGGGGAGCACUGGCAGCAAUAUCAGUUUUGCUGGUUUUAAUGACAGCCUAUGGUUCAGCAGCAUUGGGACAACUUUUCUUCUUUCAUGUGGUUCUCAUCAGAAAGGGAAUGAGAACAUAUGAUUACAUCAUGGCAAUGAAAGAAGAAAACCAAUUUAUGGAAUUAGAUCCAUUUGAUGCUACAGAUUUCUCUUCAGACUAUAGCACCGACUCUGAUUCACCUGAAAAACCAACAUUUGCAUCACGAUUUAAAUGCAGUGGCCAGAGAGUAAACCAGAUUCAGAACCCAAGAAGAUUGUCCAUAAGAAUUGAUGGAGAUCCUGAGCCCUCAACAACUAAAAAGCAAAGCUUCCAUGCAAGCAUCAAUCCAUGGAAACUGAUAAAAAUGAGCAGAGAGAAAGCGCUUAUAGCGGCUGAAAAGGCCAGAGAAAAGCUCAGGAAACAGAAGCCAAUGGUGGAAAAUGAUUCAUUGAAGCCGCUACCGUUGGAGACCAAAAGUGGACCCUUGACGACUCCUGACAAGAACACUGUUAACACGGUAUUGGGCUUGACACCUGUCAUCUCCAAAGGGAGGGUUCUGGGAUCACCACGGCGGCUUUCAAGCCCAAGAAGACGAUUUUCCAGCUCUCCAACCAUAUUCUCUGGCACAGUGGCACCAUCACCAAAGCAAAAGUACAGAAGCAGCUUUGACUUGAAGUUGACACAGGUGUCCAAGGAGCUUGAGACUUACAUUUCAAGGCAGGUUUUAUGCUCUGUUUUGAAGGAAGAAGAGAGUGAGGCAUCCCCAAGAUAGCUGUUGUAUUUAUUUGCUUGCUCAAAUUCUCAGUCUUUGAGAAAGAUCGGUUGCUUUGCCUGUGUGUAUUCUCAAUGAGUAUAUUACUGACAAACUUCAAAUUAACACAUGUAAGUGUAUUUUUUCUCACUGUUUUAUAAUUCAUAUUGAUGGA